AUGCCACUGUCAUAUCUUACCGCAAGCUGCCCUACAGCAGCAGCAGCAGCCCCAGCAGCAGCAGCAGCAACAGCAGCAGGCGGGCAAGCAGUAGAGGAUCAGCAGCAGCAGCAGCAGCAGCAGCUGGGUGGCUUCACGCCGCACAACCUGCUGCAGCCGCAGACGCCCAUGAUGUCGCCGGCCGUGCACCAGCUGCAAGCCACGCCAUCACACCCGCAGUCGGGCCUCUACAACCCGGCCACGCCGGCGCCCAUGACGCCGCUCACGCCCGCCUCCAACGACCCCGGCAUCGUGCCGCAGCUCCAGAACAUCGUGUCCACCAUCAACAUGCUGUGCAAGCUUGACCUGCGGAAGAUCGCGAUGCAGGCGCGCAAUGCAGAGUACAACCCGAAGCGGUUCGCUGCCGUCAUCAUGCGGAUCCGUGAGCCGCGCACCACCGCGCUCAUCUUCAGCUCCGGCAAGAUGGUGUGCACGGGCGCCAAGAGCGAGGACGAUUCCCGGCUGGCGGCCAGGAAGUACGCGCGCAUCAUCCAGAAGCUCGGCUUCGACGCCAAGUUUGCGGACUUCAAAGUGCAGAACAUGGUUGGAAGCUGUGACGUGAAGUUUCCGAUCCGGUUGGAAGGUCUGGUGCUCACCCACAACCAGUUCAGCAGGCCUCUUUCCCUCUCUCUCCCUCGGUUGUCGAGGGCGUACAGCCUGGUGAAAAUGAUGGCUGUGGGAUCUCUGGACGAAGAGAUAUUAUCACCCGAUUACGUGGACCAUACGAGAAGAAUGUGUGGUCCAUAUUUCAACUUUGUUUCAGCUCCUCACAAAACCAGCACAGAUGCAGUUCUACAUUUCAAGAUAUUGGUGCCCAGUGCAGCUGCAGGGGCAAUCAUUGGGAAAGGAGGAGAAACCAUUGCACAGCUUCAAAAAGAAGCUGGGGCAAGAGUGAAAAUGUCUAAGGCUAAUGACUUCUAUCCAGGAACAACGGAACGUGUUUGCCUGAUCACGGGGUCGCCGGAGGCCAUCCUGCAGGUGUUGCAAUUCAUUCAAGAGAAGAUCAGAGAGAAGCCCGACCCCAACGGAAAGCCCGCCAUCGACUUCGACAACAAAAUGAUGGCCGAGAGAGAUAAACAGGUCAAAAUAUUGGUGCCAAACAGCACGGCCGGAAUGGUGAUUGGAAAGGGCGGCAACUACAUCAAGCAAAUAAAAGAGGAGACGGGCGCGUACGUGCAAAUCUCGCAGAAGGCCAAGGACCAGACGCUGGCGGAACGGUGCAUUACUGUGAUUGGGGAGAGGGAGGUGAGCCAGGCGGCCUGCAUGAUGAUCCUGCAGAAGGUGAGCGAGGACCCGCAGUCGGGCAGCUGUCUCAACGUCAGCUACGCCGACGUCAGCGGCCCCGUAGCCAACUUCAACCCCACCGGCUCGCCGUUCGCCGCCAACAGCGUCGGCUCGCCCGGUGGCCAGACCAACGGCAACGGCGACUACGACGGCUUCGUGGCCAACCCGACGAUGCUGGCCAACGGUCUGCAGCUGGAGCUGCAGCCGCUGCCGCACAGCGGCACGGGCCACCACCUCAGCCCGCCCACGCUCGACCACAUCCACAACACGCUGCGCAACAGCGGCUAUCCCGAACAGGCCGCCAACGAGAUAACGACUGCCAUCGACACGCUGGCAAUGUACGGAAUCCUGGGUAUCAGCGUGCCAAGCUCGCCCAUCUCACCCGGCCAGCCGUCCCUGCCCGUGUCCGGCAGUUACCCGCACCCCUCCAGCGCCCUGCUCGGCCUCAACGUGUCCACCAGCGAGUCACUGAACGGCAACUCGAGCCUGUACAGUCCGCUGUCGCCGAUGGUGCCGCUGCCGUCGACCAGCUCCCAGGCGUCGGGGCCGCCCGGCUCGCCCGGCCGCCAGCCGGACCCGUUCUCGCCGGGGGGCGAUGCCGCGUACGACCCGUUCCGCGGCCCGUCGGCGCUCAGCCCGCUGCCGGUCAACAACAACUCGUACGGGCUGGGCACGCAGCCGGGCCUGGCCGGCCUCUCCAAGAGCCCGCCGCCGCCCGGCGCGCUCCAGGCUGCCAUCAUCAAGCAGGCGGAGAUGGCCGACGGCCAGCACAAGAUCGACCUUGAGGUGGGCGAGUAUAUCAUCGGCGCAAUCCUGGGGCCGGGCGGCCGGAACCUGGUGGAGAUCCAGCACCUGAGCGGCGCCACCAUCCAGAUCUCCAAGAAGGGCAUGUUCCGGCCUGGCACGCGCAACCGGAUCGUGUCGCUGGUGGGCUCGGCGCAGGCCAUCAGCACGGCCCAGUACCUCGUCGAGCAGAAGAUCAGCGAGGAGGAGGCCAAGCGCGCCCGCCAGACGGCGCUGGUCGGCGCCGCUCAGUAGCCGCCCCGCUUUACACUCUCAUCGGCGUGUCGGGCGGCCGCGGUCCGUGCGGCCGGGCUGUCCGGCGCCCUCAUCGCACCGCAGCCGGCCGCCCGCCGCCGCCGCCGCCGCCACGGGAGGCGGCGGCGGCGGGCGGCCGCCGGCGCCGGGAGCCCAUCAUGUUAACGCUUCCCUCCCGCGGCGGCGCACGGCCGCGCGCCGUCUUCAGCGUGACGGCGUCAUCGUGUUUCGUGUCCUGUCUUCAUUUAGGGUAGUUAAGCUAACGUUCCGGAGCGUUUAACUGUUGCCUGUUGCGUGCGUCUCACCACACAUACAUGCAUACACAUACCAGCAUUACAUACGCAUAUAUGUAGGUGUUUAACUGGAGUAGCGCUAACUAUCGGCUAUGCGGUGGGUUGCGGAGUAGGCCGGCCGGCGGCCGUCUCCGUCGUCGCCGGCCGCCAGGGUCGGGCCUUCACUGGUUGUGGGUGAUUGGUAGCUGCGCGCGCGCGCGCGUGCGCGUGGUGACUCGCCUCGCCCGGCGGGCGGGCCGCCGCCGCGGCCGACGCCCGGGCGGUCCUCCUAGUCACUGGCUCGGGCGCCACUUCAGCAUCGGUCAUUUUCAGUCGCUCUCUCGCUCGGUCAUUCAUUCUCGGAGCGCGGUCGCCCUGCUCAUUCAUUACCGAUGUCUCAGGAACGGGGGGCGGCCGCGCCGGCGCUUGGCCCGGCGCGCUCAUCGUCUCGCGGCCGGGCGGGGCGCGGUCGGCUCGCGCGCCAGCCGGCCGCACCGCCUCGGUGGGCGGCCUCCCCGGCGCUCGGGCCACCCGGCGGGCGGCCGCGAUGUCGCCGGGCGGGGAGGCUCCGCGGCGCGGGCGGCGCGUCCGGCGGCGUCUCGGCCGGCCGUAGUGCCGCCGACUGUUCCCCCUCCGCCUCGUCUGCGCAGAGCUAUGCAUAAUGGGAGAUUGGAAGGGGUGGGACGGAGGAAUGCCGCCGCCCCCGGCCUGGCCCGGGGCGGCGCCUAGUGCCGGAGCUAUCCCAGUGCCUGAAUCACGGUCCGGAGGUGACUGAUCAUCACUAUUCGACUCUGUCGACGUGCGCAUCCCCGCCGCCAGAUGGAGCUCUCCGUUGUCAAGCCAUGGGGGUUGUUGCAAUACACGUAGUCGUUGCGUUGCGGCCAGAAAACGAAGAAGGGGCCGCCGCGUUUUACGACCAAAACCAUUUUCAGACGCAUGGGCUCUCCACAGUCAGUCCUCGACAUCAGUCUCACUUCAAGUUGUUGCAUUGUUUUUUAUGAGUAUUGUCUAUUUCCCAGUGGUCGCCGGGAAGGUGCCGCUGCGAUGAGUCCCGGGAUAGCCGCGCUUGAUAUGGAAUGUGGCCCGGCACGGAACGAAAGUCCUGUAAUCGCGUGGGUGGCGCACGCCCUCUGGUCGGGUGGCUCUGUGGUCGCGUGACCGGCAUCUGACGGCGACCGCGAGCUGCCCUGACGAGACGAGCGUGCGAUCACGUGGUCCCAUGUCAUCUGUGCCGUCCCCCGUGGCUCUAGCUACCUUUUGUCCGCGGCACGGUAGACUAUAUCAUGUGUUGUAUACCAUUCAUUAUUUACAUGGUGUAAGCGAACUACAACGCACUGAAUAAAGGGCUAUCUUCCAGAUGUA